UCUCCCCUGUUUCCCCCUGUUUUUCAUAUGCUUAAAUAUUAUACAAGUAGCUUUCAAGACUUCAACUUUAUUAUAUUAUAUAGUUGUGUAGCAACUUUUGAGUUGAAGAAAAGGGUGUAGCUAUGUUUAGCCCCAAAUCAAGGUCAGGUUCUAGUGAUGAAGAUUGUCGAAAUCGAUACGUUGAGACUGACCCGACUGGGCGAUAUGGGCGGUUUAAGGAAGUUCUUGGAAGAGGGUCAAUGAAAACUGUCUACAAAGCAAUUGAUGAAGUUCUUGGGAUGGAAGUAGCAUGGGGCCAAGUCAAGCUUCAUGAUUUGCUCCGAUCUCCAGAAGACUUGCAACGACUUCAUUCAGAAGUUCACCUUCUCAGUACGCUCAAUCACGAUUCAAUCAUCAAAUUCUACACAUCAUGGAUUGAUGUGGAAAGGAGAACCUUUAAUUUCAUUACUGAAAUGUUCACUUCAGGAACCCUCAAAGAGUACAGGAAGAAAUAUAACAAAGUGGAUAUGCGGGCUAUAAAGAUUUGGGCUCGCCAGAUCCUAUCGGGCUUGAUUUAUCUCCAUGGUCAUGAUCCUCCAGUGAUCCAUAGAGACCUUAAGUGUGACAACAUCUUUGUAAAUGGUCAUCUGGGACAAGUAAAGAUUGGUGAUCUCGGGCUUGCAGCUAUUCUUCGUGGCUCGUGCAGAGCACAUACCAUAAUCGGCACACCAGAGUUCAUGGCACCAGAACUAUAUGAUGAAAACUACAAUGAGUUGGUUGAUGUGUACUCAUUUGGCAUGUGCAUACUAGAAAUGCUAACUCAUGAAUAUCCAUACAGUGAAUGUACCAAUCCAGCUCAAAUUUACAAAAAAGUAACAUCGGGCAAGCUUCCACGAGCAUUCUACAAAGUAAAAGAUCUCGAAGCUCAAUGCUUCAUAGGAAAAUGUUUGGUCAAUGCUUCAAAUAGGUUAUCAGCUAAGGAUUUAAUGCUUGAUCCAUUUUUAGCCAUGGAAGAAGAUGAACUAGCACCUGUACCAAAAUAUGCUCAUCAGAAACCGUUUAUGAAUGAUGAUAUUGAAAUCGAGAAGCUGAAUUUGCAUGGAUAUCCACCACGAACCAACAUGUCUAUUGCAGGGAAAUUGAAUCCAGAUGAUGAUACUAUCAUUCUCCGGGUUCAAAUUGCUGAUACAGAAGGUUCUGUUAGAAAUGUAUACUUCCCUUUUGACACUUUAAAUGAUACUGCGGAUGAAGUUGCAUCUGAAAUGGUGAAGGAACUUGAUAUCAUAGAUUGGGAGCCAUCUGAUAUCUCUGAUAUGAUAAAUGGAGAAAUUUCUGCUCUCAUACCCGCUUGGAAUGGUGACCCACAUAAACUACAUCUCAAUCAUGAUGAAGAAGAUAAUCACAACCCUUCGCCCCACUCUCUAUCGUCCUCUGCAUCAUCUCAGUUAUCAUUCUCAGGAAUGAAUGCUUCCCGACAGGUAGAGGGAAUGGUGUCUGGUUGUGAUUGGUUGCAAGAUCACUAUUUUGAUGAUACAAGUUCUCAAGGGUCUGUAGUUUCAGGAACAUAUUCAAAUUUGAGUUACGUUUCUGCUGAAGACCACCACGAAUACAGUUCUUUAAGUCCAAAAAACGUAACCCACAACUCUACUAGGUUCGGUCAUGGAGAUAAAGCUACAAAGAAUUAUGAAAACCAAUCAAAUGUAGCAGUUGAUUUUCAUGGAGCUUCAACAUCUAAAGCUAGCACGGGGACUGGACCUAUGUUAUUAAGAAACCGAUCUCUGGUUGACAUGAGAAGUCAAUUGCUCCAUAAAUCUUUGGUGGAAGAGGUUAGUAAACGCCGUCUAUCAAAAACUGUUGGAACUGUUGAAGAUGUUGGGUUCCAGGCACCCAUUGAGAGUUCGAGGUCAAGGCUUGGUGGUGGUCAGCGACUCAAGCACAACAGAAGAAGGGUUUGACUCCAUGUCAAAUGCUUAGCAUUAGUCCUAAAACAAAGUUAUAGUAUGUGCCUUGGAAGGUAUCAUUAUAAGUUCGUCUUCAACUCACAGUUUCGGCAUAUGUCAUGGUCCGGUUUGGGUUGCAUCGAACGUAAAGGUUGCAUAUUUGUAUGUAAGCUUGGGUUCCAAAAGGUGCCCUAAGAAUGAGACCACAUUCACUGUAUAAAAACGAUCAAAUAUAUAGUUAUUUAUAAAUUGCAAUAUAUAAAGUACAAGUGAUUACAAGAUUUGUUGUAUUUAAUUUGAAAAAUAAGAGGCCGGUUUUAAUAAUGACA